ACUGACCAAGAAUCAUUAUUAUCUGAAGAGGAAAAAUGGCGCUUGGAACACCUUCGUCUCCACGAGAAACACAGGGGUCACGAAGAAAUGCACGCAGAAAUGGUGCUAAUAUUAUUAGCGGUCACAGUUGCAUCACAGAUUGGUUUAGUGGCUUGGAAGAAGCACCACUACAAAUCUUAUCAGCUUGUGAGCAUGUUGGGUGUGUGGAUGAUCCCAUUCAUCUUAUGUCUUCAUAAUCACUGGUGGCGUUUCAUCUUUAUAUGGCUGUUGUUUUCAUCCAUAACUGUUAUAGUAGUUAAGAAAGCCUUAGAAAGGCCCUUAGAUCCUACUACCCCAAGACAAGUGUACAAAUGGUUUCUGCUAAUUUACAAGAUAUGCUGUGGUUUAGGAAUGGUGGGCUAUGCCAUAAUAAUGUUCACCAUGAUGGGUUUCAAUUUACUAUUUGGAGUGAAACCUAAUGUUUGGAUGGACAGUGGCCUUCUGUUCAUCUUUUAUGGUCUUUAUUAUGGUGUCUUAGGCAGAGAUAUGGCUGAAGUCUGUGCAGAUAAAAUGGCUUCUCACAUUGGGUAUUACACUCCACAUGGAAUGCCAACACGUACGCUUGAGCCUGGUGUAUGUGCAGUAUGUGGAAAUCCUCAACUUGUUCCCGAAGGAGAGGAGGGUAUCAUAGAGAACACUUAUCGGCUUUCAUGCGGUCACACUUUUCAUGAGUUCUGCAUCCGUGGAUGGUGUAUUGUUGGUAAAAAGCAGACAUGUCCGUACUGUAAAGAAAAGGUUGAUUUGAAGAAGAUGUUUUGUAACCCAUGGGAAAAACCUCACGUCUUUUAUGGACAGUUGUUGGAUUGGAUAAGACUUUUAGUGGCAUGGCAACCAGCAAUCAUAUUCUUGGUUCAAGGCAUAAAUAAUUACCUGGGUUUACAAUAACCAUUCUUACUGUAGAUAUCUAGUCAUGACCAUUUAGAUUUUUAUGAAUGUAUGAAUUGUACUGUUGUAAACAAAUGAUAAAUAUUUUGUAUUAUUUAUUGAUUAGCUUUAUAUAUAUUUUGUAAUGGUUAUGUAGUUUCUACAGUGUUGCAUAUACUGCAAGGUUAUACCUGACAUUUUUCCUUAAUGAAGAGCUGGAAUUCUUAGUAUGGUAACACAGAGGGUGGAGUUUUCAAGUGCAUAUUAGGGGAUGAUACAUUUGAGUUUGCAGCUUAGGCAUGAACGAACUUCUUUAUUGUUACCAUGAACAUAUGCGGUAGAUUUAAGGUAGAGGUUAUUAGAAGGAAUUCAGCUGCUGUCCAUUGUUUCAUGUAAAAAGUGUUAUAGAUUCAUUAUCAAAGUGUUGCAUUUUUAUUAUUGCUCAUAAGAGAAGCUUCUUUUGUUUUCUCUGCCUUUUUGUUUUGUAAUCUUAGGCAAGGAUUUGUGAUUGUGUUUGCAUUAGGGUAUACCAUUUUAGAAAUGUUUUUCAGUUUUUCCAUUACUGAAUAUGUACAUUUAAAUCAACAAUGGAAAAAGCGAUUGUAGGUUAAUGAACCAUUGAAGGCAAAAAAAAAAAGAGGAGUAGAAAUUUAGAAAUUGGGGUUCAGUUAUUGAACUUUAAAUACUCUUUGAGGGCUGAGGGAAUGGUUGUAAAUGUGUGUGACAAUGUUGUAAUCACAGCAGAACAAAUUUCCUAUUUGAUAUACAAUAGUUGCUUUAUCAAUGAAACUAACAUUGCAUAAGUUGUAAAUAUGAGUAGUGAAAAAGUUUUGCAUAUCAUACAUAGCAUCUUAAUCAGAAGGCUUUGGUAGAAAGAUAUUUGCCCUUAUUGUUCCUUUAACUUGAUUAUGAAUAGGUUGUAUUUAAAACAUAGAAAUAGUUGUACUUUGUUAGGAAACUUGAUGAAAUUUUGAAAAUUAAUGAUGGAAAGUGGAAGAGAUAUCUUUUACAUGAAACUGAGCCAUUUGGAUAGAAUUUGAAAACCUGUACAUUUUAUAGGAUUUGAAGAUUUCUGCUGUUAUGUAAUGGCAUAUCAAGAACAGGGUUAAAGCUUUUGUCAGCUUUUGAAAUUUUACUGUAGUGUUAAUAAUGGAUUUGUGAAUGGUUUGAGUUUAGUUAUGAUAUAUCAUUAAGUAGCCCUCUGUAGGCAGAAAGACAUGCUUUACAAAUAUACUCAUUACUCACAACUUUGUGCCAUUUAUUUGAAUAACAAAGCAGUAUACAAAAUUUGAAUUUGCAGCCCUUCAUAUCACUAAUAUCUCACAUUUCAGUAACACUAUAAAGUUAUUAAAAACUAUGCAUUGUACAGUAUUUUACAGUACUGCACAUGGGCUUUAAACCAUGACAGUGGUUUGAGUGGUGACUGCAUAGAGAGAAAAGGAUAAUUUUGAGCAGUCACCUGUCACUAUUUAAAGUGGUCCAUGGUAUUCUUAUUGCCAUUUUCACAGCUGAUGUUUCAUGCCAAAUGUGGAAGUUGUAGGUGUAUUAUCAGUGUACUGCUGUACACUUAUGGCAGGAAACAAUAUUUCCAAUUUAUAUCAUAUAUAUUGUAUUUUACUAUACUUUACAGUGCAAAUGAGAGAAUCACCUUAAAUUGGUAACAAAACAUUAUAAAAGUUAUUCUGUAAUUGAAUUUCCUUCUGAAAAAAAGAAUUUCUCUCUCUCUCUCUCUCUCUCUCUCUCUCUCUCUCUCUCUCUCUCUCUCUCUCUCUCUCUCUCUCUCUCAAUAAACCUAGCCAGUUUUGUCACUUUAUAUUGGGAAGUACUUAUUAUUUAGUUCACAUUCCUUUUCAGCAAACAAAUAUUAAGAAACUAUACAUGAUUAAACUACUUACUAAUUUUAAAGCCUUUAUAGAACUCUCACAGGUAAUCUAGCACUGCUUGGAAUUGGGGUUUAUCAAGUAAUUAAAAGCAUGUUUCAAUAUGAUUAUGUAUAUAUAUUUGCAGUAAGUUUGUGUAUCCAUUUAGAAUUAAUACAGUACUUAUUUUUAGAUGCUAUGUUCCUUCCAAUUUUCAAUCCAAAUACCACCGAUAGCUUGUUUCAUCCAGGUUUUUUUUUCACUUUAAUAUUGACAGAGCUCUGUGACAGGUAAGUAUCACUGUCUCAGAUAUUUCAAGCUGAUCCUCUGAUUUUUUUGCAACUUAUUCUUUAAAGAAUGUAAUGAAUAUUACUUGAAGUAGCCAGUAUUGAUUUGGUAUAUAUAGUAUAUGGUUUUCUCAGAAUCAGUGGAGGUAGUGUGAUUUAUACUUCUUGUUAUAAGUCAGCAGUCUUUAGUCACCCAUCACUAUUAGAGUUUAGAUUCAUGAGUAAAUUUGAUUGGUUAUUCUUGAGUAAAUUUGAUUAACUAUACUGUAUUCUUUUCUGUUUUCUUUUUAUUCUGUUUCUGAUGUUUAUUAUUAUUUUCUACUGUGUUGGAGAAGUAUCCUAUGAAAGUUUUUAUUAUAUUCUUUACAUUAUAUGUUUGUUUUCUAGUAGCAAAGUCAAUUUUAAAAAUUUGUAUACUUAUGCUAACCAUGUUUUUUUUUUAUUUUCUCUACAGUGAUGAGUGAAAAAAAAAACAUUUAAUUCAUACUUUAUUGUAUGGGGAGGCAUAGUAAAGAGAAGAGAGAUAUUACAUUAGGGUUGAGUAAGAGCUUUAUAAAUUGAAACAUCCUUUGCAACAACACCUUUCAAAUUUUCCAUCCACUUGCAUUUGAGAUUGAAUAGUACCACCACUUACUCUGCCUACAAGUUAUUUUAUUAUAGCAUUUUGUUCAGAUUGAAGACUGUCACUGUUGGCAACUUGACUUAAGGGCUGAUUUACUAUAGAACACAGAUGGUAAUUCAUUGCUUUAAUUUGCCUGCAUAGUUAAGCAUGGUAUGAUAUAAAAAGAAUUUACUAAUGUCUUUUAUUUUGAACUAAAAGUUUAUGUAUUCAGAUUCUAAUUUGUUGAAAAUAAUUUUGAUCAGUUACUUUACAUGCUGACAUUGUACAUAGAAGCUCUUGUUGAUGGAGAUUUGUUCAUGUUCCCUUGGUUUUUGUAGGUAUAUAGUGUAAAUAGUAUCCAAUGAAUGUACCAAUUUUCUUUACAUAGCUAUUUUAGCGAGGGUGUUCUUUUUGUAAGUUAUAAAUCUAGAAGUUCUGCAUUUUGGAGAUAAAUUUCUCAAAUUAAAUGUUAAAAUACAGUUUACAUUAUGGUGGAAGUUUUGUAGAAUUAUUUUUAGACAUAGGAUAUCUUGAAUGUUCAAACUUAGGCUAAUAUAUAGGUCUUUGUUCCUUACCAGAUUUUGCCACUCAGAAGGCUGGCCGCAUGAAGCAUUUAAAAGUUACAGGACUACCAUAUUGGUAGGCUUUCCUUCUGUGUAUGUUUGCUUGGUGAGACUUUGGCUCACAGAUGAUUAUGGUUCAAGGUUUGGUUCACAGCUGAAAAAUACUGGGUUUCCAAGAAUGUACAAAAAUUAUAUAAGGGCAGUAUACACUGGGCAAGGCAAUAUUUUAAAAGAUUUUGCUGUUGGUAGCGAUAUCAACUUCUAUAUUGGUUAAGAUGUUUUGUGUUAUGCAAGCCUUCAAUCCACUUAUAGUUCUCAGACAUUGUGGGUAAAAGAUUUUCCGUACUAUUGUAUAUUAGCUCAGAUAAUCCUAUUAUGAAAUAGUAGAGGGAUGAUGAAAGGUGAUCUAAAAAAAAUGGUUUCUAGCCAUGUAAUUAAUUGUGGUUCUUUGUGAUUGGUGUUUUUUUUCUAACUUAGUUAACUUGGUUGUUAUAGUUCAAAUUGGUAUCCACUUUUGGUAGUUUUGAAAUUUCCUCAUAAAUGCUUUGACCUGAAAGUGGAUUUGGUAAUGCAAGCAGUUUGCUGAUAGUCCAAUAAGAAAAAUUUGAGCAUGAAUUUCUAUUUAACAAAAAUAUAUUUUAAAUUGUAUGUGAAGAAUAAACUUCGGUUUAAUGAUUUGAAGUCUUAGACAAGUUUAAAUAUUGGUCAGUGGUGUAAAUCAUUGAGUAUUUACCAUCUGACUAAUAGUAUCAAGAACCUGACCUCUGUUCCUUAUGGGUACAGUGGUAGUUUUAUAAGUGCUCUUGUUUUGUCAAAACUUGAUAUAAUUGAUGUUUAUUUUGAAUUGUAUGAUUGUAGAUAUGUGUUAUAGAUUUAGUAAGUUUUUCGUCUUUGUACACUCUCAGUGUCCUGUCAUUGUGUGUUACUGUUUAUAGUUUUCAGCAGCUGAAUUGCCUUCGUUCUGUUAAAGUAUCUGAUAGUAAAGUUGCCUUAUUGAAAAUGCUCUAUGCUUUCUAAAAGCUUAGUGCUCCAGUGACUGCAUCUUUAGAAGAAUUAAUCAUUAGAAUUGCUAAUCAUUUAUUUGAAUUAAGAACAUUUUUAGCACCAAUAUAUUCAUGUAGAAUCCGUUUUAAACGACUAAUAAUAUUACAUGAAUAUUUUCAGAUAAUCUUUUUUGAAGAGUAGGUAAUGUUUCUGGUUAUAAUAGUUCUUUUAUAAUGUACAUUAUUAUUUGAGGCAUCUUUCAGAAUGAGUGAAAAGUUAUUGUUUACACUCGUGAACAUCCUAUCCGUAUGUUAUUUCUCUUUGAUCUUUAUAUCAUACUAAAAAUUGUUGCUCUCUAGUAGAAGUUAUUCCAGUUACAAUACUUUAGGAAAAUGCUUAUAGUAACAUCAGACCUUUGUUUUCUUUGUGCAAACUUGUAAGCUGCUACAAGAAGGCUUGUUUAUAAUAUUAGAAUACCUGAUUUUAUUUUCAUUCAUCUUGGGUUAGUUCAUUGAUUGAAUUUUGCUCUCACUCUUCUGCCACAAUUCUGGAAUACUACUACUUGAUGGUCUGGUCGCUGUACCUAUUAAUGAUGUGAACAUUAUUACAGUAUAUGCUGAAUAUUCUUCGUGCAUUGUUCAUAUAUUAUUUGUAUUUAUCUAAGCUGUCUGGUUUCAGUUUGUAUCACGAUAUAUUAAUAGAUACGUACUAGAUUAUGAAUAUAUCAGUUGGUAGCUUUGAAUGUUCUAUACAGUAUAUUAUCAUCAGUCUGAUUUUUAAUGUAAUAUUCCUUGUUUGUGUGCAUGAUGACUUGACUGUCAUACCUCAGCUCAAGGGAAGUUAUGUGGAAGUGUGUGUGAUUUGCUUGCUGUUACUCUGAGGGCUAUGAAGGAAGUUAAUGAGUGGUAUAAUCUUUGGCAUGUUGGGGGCUACCGUAUGAAGUUUGCGUUAUGUCACAUCGGGUUGCCCAUUGUGUUGCAUUCUGUUUGUGAUCUCAUUCUGUGUAAAUGCCCAGCUGUUUCAGUUUUACCUUGCUCUUAAUUUUUAAUUCUCGUAUAAGUGUAAGAUCCUUUUGGCAAGUUCUGUGUGUUUCGAAAUUAACAUAAUGGUGUCAUUAAAGUACUCGUUGAUAGGUAUUGAUGAACUGUAAUAUACCAUAUGGCCUUUCAGGAGAUUAAGGACAGUAGCAUCAACAGAAUGGGCAGACUUGUAACAUGAUGCAUAACCUCGUGUUUUGUUGGCAAAUAAUGUUUCUUUGGUUUGCUUAAGUUAUUUUUAGUUCCAGUAACCACCAAUUUGUAUCACUUGAAUGACCAACACACCCUUAAUACAUAUGGUAGUCCCAGUUACCUGGGUAAGGAGAAUGCCCAAACCCACAUAGGUAGAAGCUUGCAUGUUGACCCAGACUUAGGUGGUACCUGAGGUUGGAACUCUUUUGUGUAUACUGAAGUGACCUAGGGCGCUAGAAUUAAAACCACAAAUUUAACCAUCUCCAGUUUGGAUGACAGUGAAAAUGCAUUGUUAAUCUAAUAGUUUCAUGUGCUGAAAUAUUAGCUUUAUCUACUUCAACUGUUACCAUGGUGUGGGUUCAUUGAGAUGGAUCAAAUUUCUGACUCCAAAAAAUGGCCUUUAUGCAAUAUGUACUUUCUUUUGUUGCCAUCUUUUCUUAUUUCUUGCAUGUCAUUGUCAUCAUUGUCAAAGGUUUAACACUAGAUUUUCCCUUUACAGAGUUAAAUGGCAGGAGAGUCUUUUCCACUUUCUUUUUCUUUGCUUUUCCUGCCAGAAUUUCUAACUGUGUUAGACUUACAUCUUUGCCUUUAAAUCUUGAUUUUCUGUGCUUCUCCACUGGGCUUCAUUGCGCUGUACCUACAUCCGCUACUACUCUGAUUGGCUGACUAUCCUUGCUUUCAAUGAAAGUUAAGUAACCACACAGGCAUUAACCAUGUUAAGUAACUGCACAGACAUUAACCAUUAAGUAACCACGCAGAGACAACAACCAAGAGAAGCCAUGUAGACUGCUUCCCUGGUCACGCCAGAUUCAGAAUGUGUAAAAACGUUAAUGAAAUGAACAAAAUGAAAUGCAUCAUCUAAUCCUCUCAUAGUGCUGAAAUCCAUGUAGAUGUAUUGCAGAACUUCAGCAGUAGGUGCUAAUUUUGCCACACUUGCUUAAAAACUUGAGGCAAGGUAUUUUCACAAAUUUUUAAUUCCUAUAUUCAUCACUUUUGUAACCCUUCCCAUACCAAGCAACAGUGUCAUUGUGCUUUUGAGAGUUCUGAUAUGUCUUGCUUUAAGAGUCUAUUCUAAACUUGUUUGUAGGUGGGUAAUCUAUAAUAGCAAGAAGUAAAACUUAUAGGUUAUUAAUUUUCUUGUUUGUAACUACUCAUCAAGUUGUCAUCUUCGUGCAGUUGUGGCUUAUGAAGGGGCAAAAGUGCAUCUAACAAUCGACUCCAGAUGACUUCCUGAAACCUCAUGAUGUUGGGUGCUUACCACUUGUAGUUCUUCAGUCAAGAAUAUUAAGUUAAUAUCUUGUCAGGCAAAGUGGACCAGCUCAUAGAUGAAUGGCAUUAAACUGUCUCCCCAUAACUGAUUCAUAGUGCAACUGCGAGAUUUUACUCCUGUUACACCUUUCAAACCUUCUACUGUCAAUUUCCAUUUCACCGCUGAAUUCUGUAUUCUAUAUUCAAUUCAAUUCAAUCCCAAUAACUUAUUUUAUAUGAUACUCUCAUCAGUGCUGUUUAUGGUGCUGGUUAUUUUAGUUUUUUCAUGAGAUGCAGUCUUUUGCUCUCGGGGCUUUACUCUGUGAGGUAUGAGCAGACAUGAAAGUGCAUUUUGCUUUACAUAAGGAUUUAAUGCUAAAAGUAUUUUGAUUCUUUUGUAUUGUGUCUCUUGAUAUAGAAAUCAAAAAUUUUUUUUGCGAUAAUAAAAUUACGGACAUCCACAUCACAAAUGACAGGAUUAGACCCCUCCUAAGUUUGUGCUAUUUUAUAGAAUUUAUUGAGAGAAGUCUGUAAUUGUUACUGUACAGACAUUUGUGGAAAAGACCACCUCAUUCAUGCUUAUUUAAAUGUUCCAGUCAAAUCAUGAUGACAGAUCCUUAUUAGCUAUUUGUCAAUUUUGAGUUGUAAUAACCAUAUGUUAUUUAGUAUCUCCAUUUCGUAUUCAAUUAAGAAGGGAUAUUUACCGAGAUCUCUUUGUAGUGGUAUGCUGUGAGAAUUUUGUUGUGAUUGUGUCAUGGUGCUAGAUAUUUCCAAAUAGUCUGAAGACAAUACACACUUACAUUUUCAACAAAGCUGACAUUGACUCAUCCUGUUGAGGUCAUUUGUCACAGUUUUGAGAGUUGUGUCAUUUAAACAUUUCGUAUUAUGAAGCUUAGCUGGGUAAAUAUGUUAAGAGGUCAACUUCAGUCUUCCCUUCUCAGGUUUAUGUGAACUUGGGGUUUGUGUCCAUGCAUUAACAUAUAGGAAUUAUAGGAUUUCGUAGCAUGCAGACUGUUGUUUGUACUUGACCAGAUGUAAACAGACCAGUUGUGGCCAAAAGUGAGAGUGAAAAAUUAUCCUUUGCAAGUACAAUUGAAAGCAAAUAGUAGCUGUCAACUUUUUAUAAGAAUUGUGUAUUAAAUAGCAUAUAUUCUAAACCAAUCUUCUUGCUGAUAGGCAGUGUUGGCUUAUACAAAUGACUUUAGAUUUAAAUAUUUCAGAUCUUUGCUUUGUUAGUUAUUAGGAUUCUUCCACAGUCGUUUGAUUAACUUCAUCUUUUGUUGUGGAAGGUUUUUCUUGAUUAUGUACAGUAUGUCUAAUCAGAGAUGUAAGUUCUAGGGAAAAUAAAGUGAAGCUUAAAUAUUCAUCAUAUUUCCAAGCUAUGUUAAUUUGUUGCACUUCCCAUCUGCUGAUGUUUUAAGGCCGCAUUUGGUAUGAUAAACCCUCUUUACUUGGAUCAGUUUACAUGAUUUUAUUUCAUGGAUUUUGCUGUGUCAGUAGUUCUUAUAAAGACUUGAUGAAAGGUAGUUGUGUUUUAAGGUAAAAGCUUAGAUGUCAUGAUUAUGGACCAUUUUUCAUUUAGGAAAAAUCUUUAAUUAAAGAAUUUUUUUGUU